CCUGUAAUACAUAAACAUGUUUAAAUGGACACAUGUUUAAUCAGAUUUUGUGUAGAGUAGUUUUUUUCUAUUUUAAGUCAAAUAUAGGGGGAACAAAGGAGUUGUAGAGGCACAGCAAAAUAGAAUUAUAGGGUCUCUAGGGGGACUUAGAGUUACAAAAUGGAAGAGGCUAUUGGUAAGUCGGCAAGCAUUGCUCAAUCUAUUGAUUCAUCAGUCGACUCUUCAAAAGAGGAUGAUAAAAAGGAUUUGGGCGGAGAAGAAGAAGAAAUUGGGGAAACUGAUCCACGCUUGAUUUUCUUGUUCAUGUAUUUGAAAAGGGUGAUGAAAUUCAGGCUGGAAAAGUGGACAAAGAUGAUGGGAACUGAAGACACCAGGGCAAUCAUAUUAAAAUUCUUUAACAUAGCAGAGAAAAUGACACUAUUUAUUACCAUACUACCAAGUGGUCUCAUGUGGCCAACUUUCGAAUACCCGGCAAAUACAAAAGCGAAAACUUGCUUUUUAAUGAAAAAAGUUUCAUCUAUGAUCACUCCAUCCAAUCUAAGAGAACUCAUAAUUUUUGGCGAUUUAUCUCCGAAACCGAUUGAAGAAAUAGUUACACUUGUUGAUGAUAUUUUAGUUCCUAUGAUUACAUCUCCAAGCAAUGAAAAAUGGCCCAAAACUCUAAUCGAUGAUGUGACAAGAAGGGUUCAAGACAUGAAAGAUGUUGUGUCUAAAUUUAAAGGCGACCUACAAGGAGCGAUCCUCCUUCCACUUCCUGAUGGAAUUGAUAGGGUUUAUGAAGAGGAAAGAAAUAUAAAAGAAUCGAAAGGAAAAAUGAUUGAUGUUCAGUUAAGAAUGAAUUAUGAAAGUGCUGUUUUAAAUUGGUCAAUUCAACUUAAUGAAGGGAUAUUAAAAAGAGUUUCAACAGAGAUUUUCCAAGAGCAAAAACAUCCUUUGCCAAGUGCAGAAUUUAAAUGGUGGGGUUCUCGAGUAAAGAAUCUUGAAGAGAUUUAUGAACAGUUAACUGAGCCAAAGGUAAAAAGAAUGGCUAGGAUUCUUGAAAUGACCGAAAGUGUUUUUCUUCCUUGUUUUAAUGAACUGGUUGAUUCUGUCAUGGCUGCAUUAAAAGAGGCGAGAGAAAUGGAUAAAUAUUUUUAUGCAUUGAAGAAACCUAUUGAUAAAGUCCAAGCGAUUGAUUUUGAGAUUGGAGAAAACACAUUUAUACCACUAAUACAUUCUAUUGCACUUAUGUGGGUGCAUUGCCCAUAUUUUUGCAACAACACAAAACUAAAUCAUUUUAUGAGCUUGGUUUUAAAUAUGAUUAUAGACGUUUCUUACAAAGCAGUUGACCCUCCUUCUUUAUUCCAAGGUGAAUUCGACGAAAACUUUGCAAAACUCAAAAAAGUUGUUGAAAAUUUAAAACUCUUUAAAAAACUGUUUGAAUCUUACGACAUGGAAAUAGGUAAAGUAUUUCCUCCACUCUCAGAACCCGUUUAUUGGAUCUAUGAAACAGAAGAAUUGUUCAAUAGAUACAAUGAUCAAAUAAAACGUUUAACACAGCUCGAGGAAGUCUUUGCACAAUGUAUAGAAUACCAGAAGCUUGAGAAAGUAGAAAUCGGUGGUUACUACAGCUAUAAUUUGAGCCGGAGGCUUGGCACCCUCUAUGAAGAGUUUAACGCCGCUGUUGAAGUUCUCCGUAAUAUACAAUAUGAUCCUGGUGAUCUAGAUGACAAUUCAUGGGAACGAGACUUUCAAGUUUUCAAAGAAAAGAUAAAAGACUUUGAUAAUAGAAUGGCUGCAAUAUGCGCCCUUGGAUUUGACAAUUGCACUAAUUUUCGAGACAUAUUCAGUAUGGUUUACCUGUUUCGUCCAUUUUUGGAUCGACCAAUUGUAGACUCAGCUAUGGCUAUGAAAUACAGUAAAAUUUCUCAACUUUAUAAGGAAGAAGUUGCAGUUGAACAUAAAAUAUACCUUGAUCAAUUGGAUAAGUAUAAGCAAACAGGAGGUUUAGAUGUUGCAAACAAUUGGCCACCUGUAGCGGGAGCCAUAAAUUGGAUGAGAGGAUUAAAAUGUCGCAUCUCCUAUCCACUGGAAGAAUUGGAACAAUUUGAACACGAGUCUUGCCAUAACGAUGAUAUGGAAUUACUGAUGAAAAGGGCGAAAGAAUUGAUUGGUAAUCUUGGAAUUCUGGAAGAAGAGGUUCUCCAGAAAUGGUUUAUAAAAGUGCCUGAUGAAAUUAGAUCUAAUUUAAAGAAAACAAUCAUUACUAUAUCAAAUGCUAAACUGCUCAAUCUGAAUUUUGAUAAAAAGUUAAUCGCUGCUCUGAGAGAAGUACGUUUUAUGAAUAUGAUGGGUGGUGUAGAGGGGAUUCCUGAAGAUGCCCUAGAACUUUUUGCUAGAAGUGAUGAACUACAUUUAUGGAAUACUACGCUGACGAAGACUGUAGGCUGGUAUAACAUGAUAAGACAAAAGACAAAGCCACAAGAAUUUGACAUAGUUCAAGAUGAAAUCGCUGUGAUCGAUGUUCUUAUUCAACAGAUUCUUGAUUGGAACAAUUGGAAAAGUCCAAACAAUUGGGAAUGUAUUGAAAAGUUACGAGAUUCAGUCUGGGUUGUUGCUGAUAGGGUUAUGAAGGCACAAGAAAACCUUAAAAGAGUUAUAGAGCUUAUAAACCAGUGGAAUUUCAAACCUUUAUACAGCAGAAUUCCAAAUAAAAAAGAAUCCUUGUUACAACACAACGAUUUAGUUUCAGUGAAUAGAAGAUAUGAUCAAAUCAUAGCUGCGGGUGAAGAAAUAUACCGCUUGAUUGACAUUAACUUCCGCCUUUUGCAUGAUCUCCCAGUGAUUGAAAGUGCAUCGUCCCUCGAUGAGUCUAAAAAAGAUGAUACUGACAUUUCACAGCAACUUUCACAAGGGAUGUUGGAAGAAAAAGUAGAAGAAGAGGAAGCCCCAAUACCAGUACCACCAAAGAUAACUGACAUUCAUUCAUUAUCUAGAGGAAGCAUUCUUAAAAAGAAAAAAGCUAAAGAUGAGGAUCCAGAAUCUUCUGCAACGCUGUUGGACAUGACACUUAUUGAUGUAGAAGGGUUUGAGGAAUUGGAGGAAGAAGCAGAAGAGGAAGAAGAAGAAAUAGACGAGGAGGAAGAAGAAGAUGUACAAAUGCUGCUGUUUGAACGACCGUAUAUGAGGGCAAUGUAUAUGUCAGACCUGUGGAAAUCUGCAAGGGGUUAUCCACGCCCAAAACCAGAAGAUUAUGCAAUUGUACAACCGAGACCAGAAGAAGUGAAGAAAAAGAAAAAAGAAAAGAAAGAAGGGAAAAAGGGAAAGGCGAAAAAAGCUGGAGGAGGAGGAGGAAAGAAGGGGGGUAAAAAGAAAAAGGGAACUGUUCCGGAAGAAGACGAGAAAAAAGCCAAUGAAAAAAAAGGUGGGAAAGGGAAAAAGGUAAAAAUAAAAGUGGAAGAAGAGAGGAAAGAAGAUGACAAAUCCAAAGAUAAAAAAAGUAUAGAUACAAUCAGGGACACACGAGGAGUUUCAAAAUUAGACCUCCCAAUGCUUGAUGAUGGAUUCAUCUGGGGUGACAAGAGAGAGGAUAUGGAUGAAGAAAAGAAGGAUGUAGUUUUAACAAAUGAGGAAGAAAAGCCUUCAACGCCAAAGCCAACUCCUUCUCAAUUGUACAACCAACUCAUGGAACAGUUUGCUCUCAAUCCUUCAAAAAUCAACAGAUGGGACCGUUACCUUGAUAUGGUUGAUGACUUUGUUGAAGAAGGUCUUUUGCAUGCUGUUGGUGUUGCAAUCGGAUACUUUAUUGAAGAAAUGGCUGCAGGCAACGAACCACUUUUUGAAGUUAAAAUGAAACUCCAAGAACCGGAUAUUAUUUUUGAACCCAGUCUCAAUGAUGAUGCAGAAGAUCCUAAAUCACUUAUAGGACUGAUGAAUUUAAUAACUAAAGAUCUAAAUGCAAUGGCACUUCUUGUGCCAAGAAUUUCUUAUCGAAAACGUGCAGUUACUUAUAUGGAUGAUGUAACUAAAAACCCUGACAUAAUUAACAUGGAGGCUGAAACUAUGAAAAAAUUUGUCAUUGCAAUGGCCAAAUUGAACUCAUAUAUGCAAGAUUUUUAUGACUACUCCUAUCUCUGGACUACAGAUCGUACAGAAAAUUUAAGACAGUUCCUAAAGUAUAACAAAUUACUCACACCUGACGAACUUCAAAUGGAAAAAAGAAUGCUCGAGGAUCCAAAUGCUCCUAAGUUGCCCCAAGAGGCGCCAAGACUUGUUGAUUUUAAGAAUAUGAUUGAACACUAUGAAAAACUUUAUGCUGAAAUUUAUGAAAUGGACACAACUGAUGUCCUUGACGGAUGGCUUCGAAUAGAUUUAUCCCUGUUCAAACAUGCAUUGCUUGACCAUUGUCAUCAAUGGGGCAUGCUUUAUAAAAACCACCUAAAGAAUGACAUUAUCUUCAAAUUGACCGAUUUAAACAAGUUCAUAGAUGAUUCAUCAGCAGCUUUGGCAAAGCCAUUGGUUAAGGGAGACUACGACGGUCUUGUUGCUGUGAUAGGAGUGUUAUUGAAAAUCAAUGAAAGAUCUAAUGAGGCAGACACGAUGUUUGAACCAAUGAGAGAAACUGUCGAUUUACUCAAAGCGCAUGGUGUUGAUCUUCCGGAAGAUAUCAUUAAUUUACUUGCAAUUAUGCCAGAGAGAUGGAUCAAUCUAAAGAAAGUGGCACUUUCUGUAAAAGCAAAUGCUGCUCCACUUCUUCAGGAGGAAUCAAAUACAAUCAGGCGUCGUUUGCAAUUUUUUGAUGUCAGACAACACUUGUAUUAUGCAGGAUUUAAGAAGAAACCAUUUUUCUCAUGGGGAUGUUGGGAUCCAUACAUUGAAAUAGACAAAUGUGAUGUAGAAGUUAAACAUUUUGAAGAAAUAUGCGAACGGUUGACAGAGCAAGCUGGCCUUUUUGAAGUUCCAGUACCAGAAUUUAAAAUGCUGAAAACAUUCAGAAAGGAAUUAAAACUUGCAAAAAUACUUUGGGAUUAUAUACUGGUUAUAAAAUCAACUACAGAAGAUUGGGAGUCUACUUCUUGGAAAAAGAUUGACUCUGAAGUUAUGGACAUGGAAAUGAAGAAAUAUUCCAAAGAACUCCGAUUGCUUGACAAAACUCUUCGAGAAUGGGAUCUAUACUUUAAUCUGGAAUCAAUUAUCAAGAAUUUGCUAACAGCCCUCAGGGCUAUAACAGAACUUCAAAAUCCUUCUAUGAGAGAAAGACAUUGGAAACAGUUGAUGCAAGCCACCAAUGUAAUUAUGAUUUUUAAUAUUGAAGCCGACUUUUUUAGUAAUUUAUGCCAAAGUCUUCAUAUACGAUUUUCAUUUCAGGUAAAAUUCACAGUUACGGAUACAACAACCCUCAGAGAGCUCCUUGAUCUUAAUUUACACAAAUUUGAAGAAGAAGUGAAAACAAUUGUCGACAAAUCAGUGAAAGAACAGCAAUUUGAGAAAACGUUGACUGAUUUGAGGCAUACUUGGGCAAAUAUGGAGUUUGCUUAUGAGCCACAUGCCAGAUCAGGUUGCAAAGUGCUUAAAAUUAGUGAAGAAAUUGUUGAAACUCUGGAGGAAAAUCAGACCGCUCUCCAAAAUAUGUUGAGCUCCAAAUUUGUCUCCUACUUCAUCGAAGAAGUAACAGAUUGGCAAAAGAAACUCUCGACAUCUGAUCAAGUAAUUCACACCUGGAGUGAAGUACAGCGUACCUGGAUGCAUUUAGAAUCGAUUUUCAUUGGAUCUGAUGAUAUUAGAAAGCAACUACCAGAAGAUUCAAAAAGAUUUGAUAAAAUUGAUAAAGAAUUCAAGGCUAUGCUCCAUGAUAUUGCAGCCAUUCCAAAUGUUGUGAAAGCAACAAAUAGGCCACAUUUACAAGAACGGCUUGAAAAUAUGCAAGAAGAUUUGGCAAAAUGUGAAAAAGCACUGUCACAAUAUUUGGAAACAAAGAGACUGGCUUUCCCUCGCUUUUAUUUUUUGUCUUCUGUGGAUCUUCUUGAUAUUCUCUCCAACAGCAACAACCCAGAAGCUGUCUGCAAGCACUUGACAAAAUUGUACGAUUCAGUUUCUAAGCUGAAGUUUAAAUCGGAUGGGCAAAAAACGACAAAAUCAGCCAUAGGAAUGUGGGCAAAGGAUGGCGAAUUCGUAACUAUUAUCGGAAAUUGUGAAUGUUCUGGCCAAGUUGAAAAAUGGUUAAAUAACGUGACCAGCGCUAUGAGGCGCACAUUGAGGAACUGUUUUAAUUUUGCCCUACACACUUACGAUGACAAACCGAGAGAAAAAUGGGUUUUUGAUUACCCGGCACAAGUAUCUCUUGUGGGUACACAGAUUAUGUGGUCUAUGGAAGUAGAAAUCGCUUUUGGAAAAUUAGAAGAGGGUUAUGAGAAUGCUCUCAAAGAAUACAACAAAAAACAGAUAAUGCAAUUAAACAACUUAAUCAAUCUAAUGUUGGGAGACCUAAGUGAUGGUGAGAGACAGAAAAUCACAACUAUUUGUACAAUUGACGUGCAUUCAAGAGAUGUCAUUGCAAAGCUUAUAGCCAUGAAGGUUGAAUCAAACUCUGCUUUCCAAUGGCAAGCACAAUUAAGACAUAGAUGGGAUUAUAAGAUAUCUGAUUGCUAUGUGAACAUUUGCGAUGCUCAGUUCAAGUACGAUUAUGAAUAUUUAGGAAAUAUCCCUCGACUGGUUAUAACCCCACUGACCGAUCGUUGCUACAUCACACUGUCACAGUCACUUCAUUUAGUUAUGGGAGGUGCUCCUGCAGGACCAGCCGGUACAGGAAAAACAGAAACAACAAAAGAUCUUGGCAAGGGUUUAGGAAUGAUGGUAUAUGUAUUUAAUUGUUCAGAACAGAUGGACUAUAGGUCUUGUGGUAAUAUAUACAAAGGCUUGGCCCAGACUGGUGCUUGGGGUUGUUUUGAUGAAUUCAACAGAAUUUCAGUUGAAGUAUUGUCUGUAAUAGCAACACAAGUUAAAACUGUGCUUGAUGCUAUUAAGUCAAAGAAGAGAACAUUCAACUUCCAAGGUGAAAUGAUUACAUUGAUACCAACGGUGGGAAUUUUCAUCACUAUGAAUCCUGGAUAUGCUGGAAGAGCUGAAUUGCCUGAAAACUUGAAAGCUCUGUUCAGACCCUGUGCUAUGGUGGUGCCUGAUUUUGACUUGAUUUGUGAAAUUAUGUUGAUCGGUGAAGCCUUCCAAGAGGCGAGAGUUUUAGGAAAGAAGUUUUUGACGUUGUACUCACUGUGUAAAGAAUUACUUUCUAAGCAAGAUCAUUAUGAUUGGGGUUUAAGAGCCAUAAAGUCUGUCCUGGUUAUUGCUGGAAAAUUAAGAAGAGCAGAUCCUGAUAUGCCUGAAGAACAGGUGCUAAUGAGAGCCUUGAGAGAUUUCAACAUUCCCAAAAUUGUGACAGACGAUGUGAACAUUUUUAUGGGCCUUAUAGGAGAUCUUUUCCCUGCACUGGAUGUACCUAGGAAAAGGGAUUUGAACUUUGAAGCUCAAGUCAGACAAGCAGCCCUUGAUAUGUCCCUUCAGCCUGAAGAUGGAUUUAUCCUCAAGAUUUGCCAGCUUCAAGAAUUAUUUUCUGUACGGCAUUCUGUAUUUAUAAUUGGAUUUGCUGGUACUGGCAAAUCUUGUGUCUGGAAAACACUUUACAAAACUUAUGCAAAUAUGAAAAGAAAACCACAUUAUAAUGAUUUAGAACCCAAAGCUGUUACCAACGAUGAGCUCUUCGGUAUUAUCAAUCCUCAAACAAGAGAGUGGAAAGAUGGUCUUUUCUCCGUGUUGAUAAGAGAGCAAGCCCAGAUGUCAGGAGAUGGCCCAAAAUGGAUGGUUAUGGAUGGAGACAUUGAUCCUAUGUGGAUUGAAUCUCUCAAUACUGUCAUGGAUGAUAACAAGGUGCUCACGUUAGCCAGCAAUGAGAGAAUCGCUUUAACACCAUCCAUGAGACUGUUAUUUGAAAUCUCCAAUUUAAGAUCAGCUACACCAGCAACUGUAUCGAGAGCUGGAAUAUUGUAUAUAAACCCAACCGAUUUGGGAUGGAACCCUUAUGUAGCAAGUUGGUUAGAUACAAGAUCAAAUGAGAGUGAAAAAAUGACCUUACAAGUCUUAUUUGAAAAAUAUAUCCCUCCAGUUCUUGAUGCUAACAAAGCUGGAAAAUGGAAAAAAAUAACUCCAAUACCAGAUAUAGCACAUAUACAGAUGCUGUGUGUACUUCUGGAAUGUCUAAUCAUACCUGUAAACUGCCCAUCAGAGUGUCCUAAAGAAUGGUAUGAGAUAUAUUUUGUGUUUGCUUGUGUCUGGGCUUUUGGCUCUUCAACAUUCAAAGAUCAGAUAGUAGAUUGGAGGAUGGAGUUCACAAGAUGGUGGAUUAAUGAGUUCAAAAGUGUCAAAUUUCCUGUGGCUGUACAGAGUGGAAACGCUCCAGUAUUUGAUUACUAUAUCGACCAAGAAUCAAAGCGAUUCUUGCCUUGGACGGAUAAAAUAGUCGAUUUUGAACUGGAUUAUGAUAUUCCUCUACAAGCUGCAUUAGUCAACACAUCGGAAACAGCAAGAGUUAGAUACUUCCUUGACCUUCUAAUGGAACAGCACAGAAACACCAUGCUUAUAGGAAAUGCAGGAUGUGGAAAAUCUGUUGUCAUUUUGGAUAAAAUGAGUUCACUUAGCGAUAAAUUUGCUGUCACUAACAUAGCAUUUAACUUUUAUACAACUUCUGAAUUGCUUCAAAAAGUUCUUGAAAAACCCCUUGAAAAGAAAGCUGGACGAAAUUAUGCGCCACAAGGGAACAAGCAUAUGAUAUAUUUUAUUGACGAUAUGAACAUGCCUGAAGUUGAUAAAUAUGGAACUGUACAACCACACACUUUAAUUAGACAGCACAUGGAUUAUCAGCAUUGGUACGACAGACAGAAAUUGACGUUGAAAGAUAUUCACAAUAUAAUGUUUGUUGCCUGCAUGAACCCUACUGCAGGAAGCUUCUCUAUUGAUGGAAGACUACAAAGACAUUUUGCAGUUUUUGCUCUAAGUUUUCCAAGUAAUGAAGCUUUGAAUCACAUCUACACAACGCUUCUGUCACAACAUCUUCACAAUCCAACAAAUAAGUUCCAACAAACAGUCAUGAAAACUUGUGACUCAGUUGUUAACUGUGCUAUUCAAUUGCACUUCAAAAUGCAACAAACUUUCCUACCGACUGCUAUCAAAUUCCACUACAUAUUUAAUUUAAGGGAUUUAAGCAGUAUUUUUCAGAUUAUGAUCCAAACGAGCGCAGAUUGCAUUGUAGCUCCAGUCGUGUUGUUAAAGCUAUGGAUGCAUGAAGCAACUCGAGUGUAUUGUGACCGGCUCGUAGAACACAAGGACCAGGACCUGUUUCACAAAGUACUUAUUGAAACGAUAAAGAGAGUUGCUCCUGAAUUUGUGGAAGAGGAAUACUCUGUAAAACCUUUGCUCUUCUGCCACUUUUCCGAAGGCCUGGGUGAUCCAAAGUACAUGCCUUGUGAUUCUUGGCAGCAUUUGAACAAACUGCUGAACGAAGCAAUGUCACAAUACAAUGACAUAAUUUCAACAAUGAAUUUGGUUCUUUUUGAAGAUGCAAUGGCCCACAUAUGCCGAAUAAACAGAGUAAUGGAAAUGCCAAGAGGAAACGCAUUACUUGUUGGCGUGGGAGGUAGUGGAAAGCAGUCAUUGUCAAGACUGUCUGCAUUUAUUUCUAGUCUUGAUGCAUUCCAAAUACAGCUAAGAAAAGGCUACGGUAUUCCUGAUUUGAAGGCUGAUAUUGCUCAGUUAUAUAUUAAAGCAGGAUUAAAAAAUGUCGCAAUGAUGUUCCUGAUGACAGACUCGCAAAUACCAGAAGAAAAGUUUUUGGUGUCUAUUAAUGAUAUGUUGGCCUCAGGUGAAAUUCCUGACCUUUUCGCUGACGAUGAAAUAGACAAUAUUUGUAAAAUUGUCGCCCCAGAGGCAAAAAGUGCAGGGAUGAAACAGACUAAAGAUGGAAGUUGGUCAUUUUACAUAGACCGAGUGAGACGAAAUAUAAAAACAAUUUUGUGCUUUUCACCCGUCGGAUCAACUCUUAGAGUUAGAGCUAGAAAGUUUCCAGCUUUGGUCAACUGUACAACAAUAGACUGGUUUAUGGAAUGGCCCAAAAAAGCUCUAGAAAAUGUGUCUUUCAGAUUCUUAUUUGAUAACGAAAAUUUGCCUGAUCGACUUAAAUCGCCUAUGUCAUUAUGUAUGGCAGCUAUUCAUACAAGUGUGAAUAACAUGUCAAAUGCAUACUUGCUAAAUGAAAGAAGAUAUAAUUAUACAACACCCAAAUCAUUCCUGGAGCUCAUUAGCCUUUACACAAAAUUGCUAAAAGCGAAAUUUAAAGAAAAUCGAGACAAAAUAAAACGACUUCAAAGUGGUUUACAAAAGCUAAUAACUUGCUCAGAAGAGGCAGCAUUAUUGAAAUCAAAAUUGAAUGACCAAAAGAAAAUUGUAGCACAGAAAAAUCAAGCUGCUAGUGAGCUUGUGAGGAUAGUAGGAAGAGAAGCCGAGAAAGUUGCAAAAGAAAAGGUUUUUGCUCAGGAAGAAGAAAGAAAAUGUCAAAUUAUAGAAAUUGACGUGUCUAUCAAACAAAAAAUGUGUGAAGAAGAUUUAGAAAAAGCUAUGCCUGCACUGGAAGGUGCUGCAGCUGCUCUGGAUACUCUAGACAAAAAAAAUCUAAUUGAAUUGAAAUCCUUUGGUACACCUCAUGAAGCAGUUGCAAAAGUUGCUAGUGCCGUGUUGGUUUUGAUGUCGAAAGGAGGUAAAGUACCAAGAGACAGAAGCUGGAAAGCAUGUAAGGUAAUGAUGGGUACUGUGGAUCAGUUUCUAUACAAUUUACAAAACUUCAAUAAGGAAAAUAUCCACCCAGAAGUGGUCAAGGCUAUUCAACCUUAUUUGGCUGAUCCAGAUUUUGAUCCGAAGAGAGUAGUUACUAAAUCGUCUGCUGCUGGCGGUCUCUGUGAAUGGGUAAUUAAUAUAAUGAAAUUCCACGAAGUUUGGAUGGUGGUUUUACCUAAGAAAAACGCAGAGGCUGCUGCUAGGAAUGAGUUGAAUCGGGCAAGGGCCAAGCUCGAAGAAAUUAAUAAUAAAAUCAAUAAACUGGAAGAAGAGCUUGGAGCUUUGACAAGAAAGUUUGAACAAGCCGUAGCUGAAAAAAUGGCUUGCCAAGCAGAAGAAGAAAAAAUGUUGAACUCUAUUGACUUGGCAAACAGAUUGAUAAACGGUUUGUCAUCAGAAAACUCAAGAUGGAAAGAAACUGUUGUCACAUUGUCUUCGCAAUUGAUAACAUUCCCUGGGGAUAUACUUAUCAUAGCUUCAUUUAUUUCAUAUUUGGGAUGUUUUACCAGAAAAUAUCGAGAAGACUUAAUGACAAAACAGUGGUUGCACAUUUUUGAUAGUUUCAAUCCUAAAAUUCCAUCAACACCCCAACUUGAUGCUAUGGCUAUGCUUUCUGAUGAUGCUCAAGUAGCCCAGUGGCAGAAUGAGGGACUUCCUAAUGAUCGUAUGUCAGCAGAAAAUGCUACGAUACUCACUCACUGUGCUAGGUGGCCUCUUAUGAUCGAUCCUCAGCUACAAGGGUUAAAAUGGAUCAAACAAAGAAUUGGAAAAGACCUGAGAGUCUUAAGGCUUGGCACUAAAAACUAUUUGGACAGAAUUGAAAAUGCAAUUACUGAAGGUGCAACAAUGCUGAUCGAAAACUUAGGAGAAACAAUUGAGCCUGUGUUGGAUAAUCUCCUUGGUAGAAAUUUUAUAAGGAAAGGAAAGGUAGUCAAAAUUGGAGACAGAGAAAUAGACUACCACAAAAAAUUUAGACUGAUUCUUCAAACGAAACUUGCAAAUCCGCAUUAUCAGCCAGAAAUCCAAGCUCAGACUACUCUUAUUAAUUUUACAGUUACAAAAGAUGGUCUUGAGGAACAGUUGUUGGCUGAAGUGGUCAAAGCUGAAAGGCCAGAUCUGGAAAUAUUAAAAAGUACGUUGACAAAACAAAUGAACAAUUUCAAAAUUCUCAUCAAAAGCCUUGAGGAUGAACUUUUGCAAAGGCUAACAAAUGCUGGUCCAGACAUCCUUAAUGACAGAACUCUUGUUGAGAGAUUGGAAACCACUAAAAAGACUUCAGAAGAUAUCGCCAUAAAGGUAACUGAGGCUAAACAGACAUCUUCAAAAAUUGAUAUCGCAAGAGAAAUUUAUAGGCCUGUCGCUUUAAGAUCUUCCAUUAUGUACUUCAUUAUGAAUGAACUACAUAAAAUCAAUCCACUGUAUCAAUUCUCAUUGAAAGCUUUUAGCAUAGUUUUUCACGAUGCUAUUGAAAAAUGUGAACCAUCUGAUGAUAUACAUUUAAAAGUCAAUCUUCUCACUGAUACAAUUACAUUUAAUGUUUUCAUGUAUACAGUUAGAGCUUUAUUUGAAUGUGAUAAAUUGACAUUCAUGUCCUUGAUGGGUAUUCAGAUUUUGUCGAAAAAAGGUGAGAUACAGCAAGAUGAACUGGACUUCCUCCUUCGUAGCCCUUAUAUACCGAAUUUGUCAUCACCAUGUGACUUUUUAUCGAAUGUUCAAUGGGGAGGUGUUCGUGCCCUAUCCCUUAUGGACGAAUUCAAGAAUUUGGAUAAGGAUAUUGAAGGGUCGAUGAAAAGGUGGAAAAAGUUUGUUGAAGGGGAAUGCCCUGAGAGGGAUAAAUUCCCGCAAGACUGGAAGAACAAAUCGGCUUUUCAGAAACUUUGCAUGAUGAGAGCACUCAGACCGGACAGAAUGUCAUAUGCAAUGAGAUUCUUCAUUGAAGAAAAACUCGGCAGUAAUUUUGUCACAGCAAGAACUGUUAGCUUUGAAAAGUCAUAUUUGGAAACGAGUGCUACAACACCUGUCUUUUUCAUACUAUCUCCUGGUGUAGACCCUACAAGAGAUGUAGAAAGGAUUGGCAAAAGACUCGGAUUUACAGCAGAUAAGAAGAACUUUCAUAAUAUUUCCCUUGGGCAAGGCCAGGAGCCAAUUGCAGAAAAGGCUAUUGAAAAUGGAGCAAAACUAGGACAUUGGGUAAUCUUACAGAAUGUGCAUUUAGUAGCAAGAUGGUUGCCUACAUUGGAUAAAAAAAUGGAAGCAUCGCAAGAAAAUCCACAUCCCGAUUUUAGACUGUACAUCAGUAGUGAGCCAGCACCUGUCCCAUCGAUGCAUGCAAUUCCUCAGGGAGUGUUGGAGUCAUCUAUUAAAAUAACAAAUGAGCCUCCAACUGGAAUGUUCAAUAAUCUGCACAAAGCUCUUGAUAACUUCUCACAAGAUACUUUGGAAAUGUGUUCAAAGGAAGCUGAAUUUAAAGCGAUCCUUUUCUCAUUGUGCUAUUUUCAUGCUGUAGUGGCUGAAAGGAGAAAGUUUGGGCCAGCAGGCUGGAAUAGAAAGUACCCGUUCAAUGUUGGUGACUUGAUUAUAAGCGUCCAAAUUCUUUAUAACUAUCUAGAAAAUAACAGUAAAGUCCCUUGGGAAGAUUUGAGGUAUUUAUUUGGGGAGAUUAUGUAUGGUGGACAUAUCACAGAUGACUGGGAUAGAAGACUGUGUAGAUCAUUUUUGAAAGAAUAUAUGAAUCCAGAUCUUAUGGAGGGAGAUUUAUACUAUGCCCCUGGAUUUCAAGCUCCUCCAAAUUCAGAUUACAUUGGCUACCAUCGAUUCAUUGAUGCAAUGCUUCCUUCUGAAAGCCCAAUUUUGUAUGGUUUACAUCCAAAUGCUGAAAUCGGAGUGUUGACUACGCAAGCGGAUUCGCUUUUCCGAACGAUAUUUGAGCUUCAGCCAAGAGAUGCAGGAGCUGAGAGCAGUGGAGGAAUCACCAAAGAAGAGAAAGUAAAAGGAAUCAUAGAUGACAUUUUGGACAAAUUACCACAGCCAUUUUCUAUAGCCGAUAUGAUGGCAAGAACUGAAGACAGGAGUCCAUUUACAAUAGUGGCCUUCCAAGAGUGCGAACGAAUGAACAUUCUAAUGAAUGAAAUGUCUAGAACAUUGAAAGAACUUGCUUUAGGAUUAAAAGGUGAGCUGACAAUCUCAAGAGAUAUGGAAGUCCUUCAAGAAUCAUUGUUUUUGGAUGAAGUACCAGAGAAUUGGAGUAAAAGGGCUUAUCCAUCUAACUUGCCAUUGUCUGCCUGGUAUGCAGAUCUUCAGCAAAGGUUAAAAGAACUGGAGGGUUGGGUCGGCGAUUUCUUGUUACCAAGUUCAGUCUGGCUUGGUGGACUUUUCAAUCCACAGUCAUUCUUAACAGCUAUUAUGCAGAACACAGCGAGGAAAAAUGAAUGGCCGUUAGAUAAAAUGUGCCUCCAAUGUGAUGUUACAAAGAAGAUCAAAGAAGAAAUCAGUUCAUCUCCAAGAGAUGGUGCCUACAUUAACGGCCUUUACAUGGAAGGUGCUCGUUGGGAUAGUGCUAUGGGUACUAUUGUCGACAGCAAGCUUAAAGAACUGUACCCUUUGAUGCCAGUCAUUCAAAUGAAAGCCAUCACAAUUGAUAAACAGGAUUUAAGGAGUGUAUACGAAUGCCCGGUGUACAAGACAAAACUUAGAGGUCCAACGUAUGUCUGGACUUUUAAUCUUAAGACCAAACAGAAAGCCUCGAAAUGGAUUUUAGCCGGAGUCUGUCUUCUUCUAAGCAUCUAGAUGAUCCUUGCCAUCAACAUCCUUGCUUAAUAAAGUCUUAAUAAUCAAA